UCGUUUUGUUCUGGGAAUAUGGCUGCGUUAUGCAAGGUUUGUGCGAAAUAUUUUCUUCUGUUAGUUACGUAUACUUUAGUUUCUUGACAGUUUGAGGCUUAGAAUCACUUUCAUAUCAGGGGAGAAUCUGAGGAAAUUCUUUGGAGACUAAAUAAGACGAUAGAGAAAAACAGUAAGCUUAAAUUUAUUUGGCGGUCGAUUUUUUGGUCUAACAUCGUCAUCAUUCGUUGCAUCAUAAUUUACGCAAUACGUUUUACUGCCCCGUAGUUAAGAUAAUUUUUAACCAUAGCCAUAACACUGUUAAUAUAAACUUUAUUACUCCAAUCACAGUUUUUAUAAAGGCUCUCUCGCCGCUUAUCAUAAAGUUGUAGGUAAUCAGAGCAGAAAAUCCAGUAGUAACACAGUGUGCGCUUUUCCUGCUUUUUUUUUUAUUUUAAUUUUUUUGUUGUCAUUAUAGACUUUCAAUAAUCGUUGCAGUACUUUCUGAGUGAAAGAUUUUAAAAAUAUAAACGCUAGCAAUGCUGGAUAUUUUAAACUCAUAAAUUGUGAUUUGUUAUUAAAAGGUAGUCUAAAUUGGUCACUGUUAACAUAGCCUUUUUAGUCUAUUUGCAUUAGUCAGUGGAAAGCCUCACAUCCCCAUACCCCAGAACAAUAUUCCCAUCAGAAACAAGGCUUAUGUUGUAGUUAUUUUUUUGUUUCAGGUAAUUUUUGUUUUUCUUUUGUUUUUGGGUAUGAUAAUGUAUGCUAAUGAAGUUGAAACAAAAGAGAAACAAAAAUUACUUGAGAUAAAAAAUUAACUACAACAUUUAUAUGCUUCUGUUCUUGUACCUUGCCUAUUCAAGAUGGUAAAAAAUGGUGAAAGGCUAAUCUCUGUCUAUCAAGCCCCGCCAGUGGUCCCCAGUCGCUGAUACUUGCGGAAAAGUGGCUGUCUAAAACUGCUUAAAUCUCCUGCUUAUGCCAUACAUUCCCUUGGUAUGGCAUGGGGGGCUUUCCAUUGACUAGUGCAUUAGUCUCCUUUGUUUUUUUCUUUUGAGUUCAUGCUGGAAAAAAAUGAUCACCUACAAGAUAGUACAUCCCACAGGGAAACUACAUUAUUAUGAAAUCUGAAUGGUUACUUUAACAACAUUCUUGCUUUUUUUGUGACCAGAUAUUGUCCUCAGUUGUGAGACCUGCACGACCAGUAGGAGGUGGUAUCUUGCAACGCAUUAAUGGAGGAUACAGGCCUUUUGGUUCUAUCCGCCAUUUAAGCCAGCAAGUAGUACAGCCAAAGGAAAGUGCAGCCAUCAACAUUGUCCCAGGACCACUUACAGCACUCUCUGAAGAAGAAGAAAUGAUGAAAGAAGCAGGUAGUGCAAAAUAUUAUCACUAAGUAUCAAGAUAAACUUAUCCUUUAAUGUACCUUAUCAAAUAUUAUUACAAUAUAGUGUGCUGGGAAUUCUAAACAUAUAUAUUUGUUGGAUCUUGUUUACUGUGGGUAAUGUCGACUGAGAUAUCGGUCGACAUAGUGGUCGAUAUAGCGGUCGACAGUCGGUCGAUAUAGCGGUCGACAGUCGGUCGAUAGUCGGUCGACAGUCGGUCGAUAGUUGGUCGAUAGUCGGUCGAUAGUCGGUCGAUAGUCGGUCGAUAGUUGGGCGAUAGUCGGUCGAUAGUCGGUCGAUAGUCGGUCGAUGGUCGGUCGAUAGUGGGUCGAUAGUCGGUCGAUAGUGAGAUAGACUAUCGGCCGAGUAUCGGUCGAUAUUCCGUCGACGCACCUCGACUUACUAUCGGUCAUAUGUCGGUGAUAUAUCGGUCAACUGUCGGUGAUAUAUCGGUCAACUGUCGGUGGUAUAUCAGUCAACUGUCGGUGGUAUAUCGGUGAACUGUCGGUGGUAUAUCGGUCAACUGUCGGUGGUAUAUCGUCAACUGUCGCUCGAAUAUUAGUCGUGGUGUUAAUUUAUCAGGUGAGUCCAAUGGCUUUUUUUUUAAGCAAAGACGCUAUUAAUUACUGUUAUCAUGCGAUGGGGAACAUGUGGCAAAGCAAGGCGCGAUUACGCUAUGAAGAGAACCGAAGAGCACUGGGAACUAAGGACAUGAUAACCUUUUUUUUUUUCCAGUUUGUGUCAUCACCGAUCGUCUGAGUUUUAGCUGUUAAACAGAACCUGUCUCAGCCUAAGUUGAAUCUGCUGCUCCUGUGGUCCCGCAAAAAUGUAGGAAAAUGUAGGAAAUGCUACGUGUCGACCGACCAUCGACCGAGUGUCGACCAAUUACUGACCGACACAUCGGUCAAGUAUCGACCAACUAUCGACCAAGUAUCGGCAAAGUGUCGGCGAAAUGUCGGGCGAAGUGUCGGUGAGCAAAAAGCUAUAUCGGCGAGACACAUCUGGAGCGACUAUCGGCGUGUCUCGACCGAGUGUCGACCCACUGUCGACCGACUAUCGACCGACUAUUGACCGCUAUAUCGACCGACUGUCGACCGAGUGUCGACCGACUAUCGACCGAGUGUCGACCAAGUAUCGACCGAGUGUCGACCGAGUGUCGACCGACUAUCGACCGAGUGUCGACCGCUAUAUCGACCGCUAUAUCGACCGAUAUCUCUCGGUCGACAUUACCCACAGUAAACAAGAUCCUAUUUGUUUAACCCAUUGGCCUCUAGGAGUUUUGCUCAAAAAGUCUUUUGAAACUAGUGAAACUGUCUUCCUUUUACUGUCUGGCCCAGAAUGCCUUUUAUCGUUUGAGCACUUUGUAAAUGUCUGUUCCAGAUGCAAGAUAUAAAUAUUUUAGCUUCCAAAUUGCAGGCACGUGCAGAAAACAAAAUAACUGUUCUGGGUGUUUUGUAAAGAGGCAGGCUAAUUGAGUGAUUUUUUGGAAAGAAGGUAUUAGGCUCUAAAGACCUCAGACAGUGUACUGCAGUGCAAACAUUGAAUUAUUUCAAAUAACUAUGUAUUCCUUGUCUCUACUUUUUUGCCGCUUAAGCUUUGUUGCUUUGGUGUGUGCACGAUACUUGCAUUCCUUUCACACUCCAUUUCCUUAUUUCCAGUUAUUUGCUUCAAACUACUGAUAACUCAAACUCCUGAUAACUCAAACUUUUUUCUAUUUCCUUGGAAGGUUCGAGUUAUCGGGAGUUGACUGUAAUAUUUAAUACGUUUGGCAUAAAUAGAAUGUACCCUGGCUCCUAUGUUGGUGUUUUAAUUUAUGAUUUUGAAGCAAGCCAAAAGCAUGUUUAGAUAUUAGGCUACAUUUAUGUGAAAUGUUAUGUCUCUCAGGCCACUUCUUGCGCUUUUUAGCUCAGUUCAGUAGGUAUGGCAAACUGCUAAACUCCUUUACAUUUGUCUAGGGCUGGCAGCAAUAUUAUUCUAAAGAUUAGUAAAUACACUAAGCAUUUUUUUAUGAUAUUUUAGUUGCAAGGUUUGCCACUGAAAAAAUUCAGCCCUUGGUAUCAGAAAUGGAUCAAAGUUCAGAAAUGGAUGAGUCUAUCAUCAAGGGAAUGUUUGACCAAGGAGUAAGUUUAAUACUUGAAAGUUGUUAUCUCUUGGCAAAGUGAUGAUAAUAAUAAUAGUGUUAAUAAUAAUAAUAAUUGAUGAAUCGAAGAUAACCCUUCAAUACCAAGUGCUGUUAUCAAUGGGGUCCUGCAUGGAAAUGUAGGUGUGAAGAAAGUAACUGAAUAAAAUGCAGGUGCCAGAUUAAAUCAGAUUUCUUUCUUGGCCUCUUUAUUUCUCAGUCAUGAUACUUUUAAAAAUACUCAGUGUUGAGCCUAACAGCCCUGCAGCCAGCAAGAAUAACUGGCUGCUUGGAUCAUUUGCUGCAUCAGGUACUUCUUUGAAGAAUUUUUUUAGAUAUUUAUAUGAAAGGGAAUUGAUGGUGGUGUUGAUAAUCUGGCUGCCACAGAGAUAAUACCACAGUACCGGUAGUACAAUAUUACUGACAAUAAGACUAGUUAAGCUAGUGUUCUCAUGAUCAUGUAUUCAUCAUGAACAGUGAAAGCUCUUGUAAGCAGACACCGCCGGGACUCGAAAAAGGUGUCUGUUACUGGAGCUGGCCAGUGCAUUUGCUGUUGGUCUUAUGUUUUCAAUGCGGUCAGUAUAAAACACGGACUGCGGACUGCGGACUACGGACUGCGGACUGGGUAUAAAAUACGGACUAGGUAUAAAACGCGGACUAGAAAAUACGGAGUGGGUAUAAAACACGGACAAGGUAUAAAACGCGGACUGCGGACUGCGGACUGGGUAUAAAAUACGGACUACGGACUACUUUGGUAAAAACCGUGCAAAUUGGUUCUAGGUAAGGAAAAAUAAGAUCAAAAGAUCGCUAAAUAGCAAGACACGUGAGUUAAAGUUGUAAAUACUCUUAUAGAUUCUUGGUGGAGGUGUCCCGCCCGGUUCUCUGAAUCAUGAGCCGGAUCAAAAUGCUAUUUCCUUCACCCAUUUUUAGACCUCGUCUUGGUCUCUAACAAUCAUGAAAGGGGUCAGGAUCAGGGGGUACUCCCUUAUAUAAGGGAAGGGUAGGAGUUUUGGGCCUUUUUGGUCUGAAAACACUUUGCCCAUUUUGGUGUGGAAUCGGGUAUGGUUUUCGAGGGUACAACGGGAGCGUACAUGAAUGGACGUAUUUAUCGUUUCAAUUCCAAAUGAAUAAGAACGAAAUAGAAAUGUGCGAAUUCGAAAUGCAUUUGGAGAAUUUUUUUUGUUUCCGCUCUAACUUGGUAAUGAUGACAAAAUUUCUGCCUAAUCAUACCUAACCUGUUCAAGGUUCUAAGAUAGUUGGGUCCGAUGAAUUGAGAAAGCGAAAACACGAAAAUAAAAACUGGGGAGUCUCCCCAACUAUCUGAGAACCUGGAACAGGCUAAAUUAGGCCAGGUCCGAAAAUGGGUAUGGAUUUUAGAGAUCUAGUCUGAAAACGGGUGUGGAAAAUGACAAUUUUUGGUCUGCAAUAAGGUCAGGAUUCGGGGAACCGGGCACUACACCCCAACGAAGAAUUCCCAGUAGUACCCCCUUCCGGGAUCAGGAGCAGGGUGUAAAUCAUGUCAUCAUAAUCAUCACUUAGAAUAUAACGUUGAAUGACGCAUUUCGGUUAUUAUUCACGUAUGUGAGUAAUCCCUCGCACCUAAAUACUGCUUUGUGCAUCGCAUUGACCUUCUCGUCUGAGUUCUUCAUUCAGUCCUCAUAUUCCCAAGGCUUUAUUUGAAACGGAAUUGUGGCGUCCGAUAAGAAUUUUACUGAUCUGACUAAUACCAAUACUAUUUUUUUUUUUUUCGGUGCUUCUUAUUGGUGUAAAACUGCAAAUUGAAAUCUCUUCAAACUCCUUCUUUUCAUAAAAUUCAGAGUUUAAUUUCAGUUGCCUUGAGUACCGCAUAACCUUCCUUCUCCAUGGGAAGAAUAGACUACGUGAACAGCGUUAAAGCUGGGACUACUGUUUUUGCUAGUCCGCUUUCUAUUUCUCUCAGUUUUACCUUCUAAAGCUGUUUUUAUAUACAUAGUCCGUAGUCCGCGUUUUAUACCUAGUCCGUGUUUUAUACUCAGUCCGGAGUCCGCGUUUUAUACCUAGUCCGUAUUUUAUACCCAGUCCGCAGUCCGUGGUCCGCAGUCCGCAGUCCGUCUUUUAUACUGACCGGUUUUCAAUGUUUGCCCACACACUGGUGCUGAUCUUUACACUGAAAAAAAUAAAGUUGGCAGGUUGAUGGUGCAAAUUUGAUUUUUGAAUUUUCUUCUGUUUUCAGUUGAUGGGAAUUGAAAUAGAUGCUGAUUAUGGUGGUACAAACUCAUCAUUUUUUGUGGCAUGUCUUGUUGUUGAAGAGCUUGCUAAAGUUGAUCCAUCUGUCAGUGUUAUGUGUGAUGUACAAAAUACUUUAAUUGUCACCUUGUUCAGAAAAUAUGGCACAACUGAACAGAAAGCAGAGUACUUGCCACGGCUAGCGAGGAAUAUGGUGAGUGAUGAUACCCUGUGUUUAUAGUUAUUUAUUCAACUUAAGUUUUAUCAAUAAGGAAUAAAAUAUGGUCAAACCCAGUCAAAACAGACACUGAAGAGGCCAUAGAAAGUGUCCACAUUAAUUGGGUGUCCGUAUUAAGUAGGUCAUGUUAUUUAAGAGUAAAAAAUACUCCUGUUAUUUGAACAAAAUAGUCAUUAUUAAAGAGGACAUAAGCAUUGUCAAAUUAAACACCUCUAAUUUCCACGGAAACACCUAAAAAUGCUCAAGACGUCUAUUGUUUGAUGCCACCAUAGUCUAAAUUGACAGUUACAAAUCACCUACACUGGGUACCGUAGCACUGAGAACCACAACAUGCUGUCAACCGAGGGUUUUCCAAAAUGAAAGGUGUAUUACGGCUCACAGUUGAUAAUGAAUGCUCUGCAUCAAUGAGGUCCAUUGUCUGCAUUAACAGGUGUCUGUACUAAUUGAGUUGAAUUUAGAGAAAUGUAAGGGCUUCCCCCAUAGACAAAGAAAGCUGUCGUUGUUAACGAGGUAUCUGUAAAGAGGGUGCCCAUAAAGCAGGGUUCGACUGUACGGUCAAACUUUCUUGGGUGACCACCUCUCGCAAGCAACCACCUCCCAUAAGACUAGUGACUACCUAUCCAAAACGUCAAAAUUUUCCCAGUCAAAACCCUAAAAUUAGAACCUCUCAUAAACAACCCUCUCUCGUAAGUAGGCACGGUGUGAUCUCUUUGUUUGCAGUACAAUGUAUGUACUGCGCCAGUAAAGGUAAGUAAAGAACUUUCAGUGACAAAACAGAACUACACAUAUCUUAUCGUAGAAAUACAUCCAAUAAAUUGUCUUUCAAAAAGUAGAUGAGUCGGAACCUCUUAUCGAAAUAGACCACCUGUGGGUCAAUUACUGCUGCAAGUGACCGCCUCCCAUCAGCAACCACUAAAUCUUUGCAUUCUGGGUGGUCAGGAGGUUGAAAUGUAGGUUCCAAUACCCUGAGUGUUAGAGAUUUUUCAUGUGCAGUUUUUGGUUUCAGUUGAGUCUUUACAGUAACCCAUGUUAGCAUGUGUUGUUGGCCUCUAGUCAACUCAGAUGCAUCCCACCAUGUGCAAGAAAAUACCUCUUAUAGUACCCUUGAUAAGAUCCCCAAGAAGAGAUUCAAAAGCUGAUAUUUUGAGUACUGGUAUUUCAUCAGAGCAAAGGGAUAUGGCUUGAAAUGUUAGGUUUGGAAUUUUCUGGCCCAUAUCAAACUUAUUUUACUUUUAAGUAUCAACUGAUAAAUCUGAACUGUUAUUUUUCUCUGUCCCACCAAUGAGGACUUGAUAAUGAUAUGAGCAUAUUUUAUCUUUAGGUUGGAAGUUUUUGCCUGUCAGAAGUAGGCUCAGGAAGUGAUGCUUUUGCCUUGGAAACAAAAGCUGAAAAGAAGGGAGACUAUUACAUUCUCAAUGGUUCCAAAAUGUGGAUUACAAAUGCUGAACAUGCUGCAGUUUACCUUGUUUUUGCUAAUGUUGCACCAGAAAAGGUAUAUAUAACUUAUUGUUUCCACAACAGUGUGAUAAAUAAUUACUAUUGACCUGAAGAUACAUUGGAACUUAUAUGAUAUAUGAAGAGAAAAAAUGCAUCAAAACCUACAAUUGUAGGCAUGAUUUGUCAGUACUCCCUCAACCUAUUAAAGGUUAGGGAUAAGGGGGUGCUGCUGGAGGCCUAAAACCCUGACCCUUUUAAUGACAACAUUGUUCAGAUUUAAGGUAUAAGAUAGUGUGGCUACAUGUGGUAGUGUUCUCCCCCUUAUGUGUCCAAAAGCUUCAAUGUUUUACUUUACAAUGUUUUUUAGACAUACAUGUAUAAGGUUUUACUUUAUGAUAUAACUUUUAACUGAAUUAUUUUGUUAGGGUUACAAAGGAAUAACAACUUUUAUUGUUCCAAGAGAAACUGAAGGACUUUCACUCGGCAAGAAAGAAGACAAGGUUUGCAGUUUUGAUAAUAUAACAUGUUCAAAAGAACUGUAAGCAAUCGUUUAUAUACAGUAUAUGAAUUGACCAACGGGUCUUGUUAUGGCAACUCUUUAACUAUCAAUAUAUGAAAAACUGCAAGUGCCAGAAAUAAAAAUGAAACUCAGUUUGUCCAAAAUCAAUAGGCUGGCAACCUUAAAAGUUAGUGGAAAAGAAUGUAUUUCAAAGUUAUUUGAUGUUUUGCUAGUAUGGAAGCCAAUUGCCAUUAAAAAAAAAGCAUGCUAGCUUGUUUUUAUUAAAAUACAACAUCAGACUUUUUGUGAACUUAUAUGAGUUACAUGUCAUUUGAUGGAUUUAAUCACAUUAUCAUAAUGAUAAGUAAUGUAAAAACUUGACAGACAUUAUAGUCUUGAUAGUUUUGUACUAAAAAGUUUGUUUUGUUUUAGCUUGGGAUAAGAGCAUCAUCAACGUGUCCUGUCCACUUUGAUAAUGUGAAGGUGAGAGGCUUUUCUGCUUAAAAUGCAAGACAUGCAUUCUCUGCUUAAAUCUGCUUAUCUUCUCUUCACCACCUGGGUUAUCUCAAACACAUUUUGGCUGUGAAGUCAGCCCUUUACGCCACUAGAUUUAAAUAAAAUGGCUUGUUUUUUCGCCCGGCCAUGAAAGCAAGCCAUGGCGUGAGUAUGACGUCACAUUCCUCUUGUUCCAACUAGUGCCAGAUCUUUUUGUGAUUCUCGGCCAAUUUUUACAUCGAGUAAUGACAGCAAAACAAACCUGAAGAUUAUGUUCAAAAUAAAUUGGUCUUCCCACUGGAAUUUUGACUUGAAAUUUGGUGAGGUAAGUAUUUAUUACUUCUACUUUCCACAGCUGAAAAGAAAAGGGAAACCAAAUUUUGAUCAUUGUAGCUCUUUAACUGCCAUGUACUUCUUGUAUGUUUGUAUGUUACCAUAGUUACCAGAGAGCUGGGUUCUUGGUCAGGUUGGACAUGGAUACAAGUAUGCUAUUGAGUGCCUCAAUGAAGGGCGCAUUGGAAUAGGAGCUCAGGUGAGUGAUUGACAGCUGGAACAGUGCAUUACUGGAAUAAAUAGUAUUCUCGGUUUUCAGAUGACAUCACCAGAAUUCAAACUAAGAAACUAUUGAUUCUUCUAGAUUUCUACUUUCAUGAGGUAUUAGGGCACCUAAACACUCUUAUUUAGACAAAUUUUGGUUCAAAAGGUUCUUUUUUGUGUUGUAUUAGAGGAGGCUUGAAUUUCCAAGGUUUUGGGUGAUGCUGCAUUCAGCUGGCGGCAAGGAAAGCCCCUAUGUGUGUAGAUUUUGCUAUCUGAACAUUCCCUGCCUCAGAAUAAAUUUUACUUUACCCUUUAUGAGUUCUUCAAGCAAUAAAUUCACGCAUUUGUAGGAAGACUCCAAGACAGAUGUUUCUGCUGGUUUCUGGCAGCCAUAUUAGUGCCCCUCAAAGGGACACCACCAUGGCAUCUCCAUACAAAGCUUUAUAAAUUUGGGUAACACAUUUUCCAGAAUAUCUCGCAUACAAAAUAUCGCACAGACCUGAUUCUUGGCAAUGCUUUUUGUUUAUAUAUAUUCUUUCAUUUUCCAGAUUCUGGACUUUCUAUAUUGAAUGGUUUGCAUUUUUAUUUUUGAUGGCAUGACAGUGAAAACAGAGAAUAGUCUGUAAUAUUACACAAUGAAUGCUUAGUAACCUGGAAAAGUUCCAAACUGUUUCAACAGCAUUUGACCAAUAUCAAAAAUCAAAAUAAUGUCUUAAAAACGUUUUUUUCCUUUAAGGAAAGUUAUUUGCGUUUCCAGCUUUGCGGGUUUUUUUUCAUGUUUUGUCCUUAAUAAAAUAGUCUUAACUAAUGACAAAUGAGGUAAAAGUUGAUUAGCAUACAAUGAAAAUAAAAAUUAUUUCCAACAUUUUUACUUUUGUGCUCUCAGAUGCUCGGUCUUGCUCAAGGUUGUUUAAACAACACAGUGCCCUACACACAUGAAAGAAAACAAUUUGGACAGAAGAUCUGGGAUUUCCAGGUAAGAAUUCUGGGAUCAUUAUACUUUUCUUGGAAACUGCCCACCUACCCCUCCCCUAAGCCAAUGUCAACACUUACUUCUCACUUAGGGCAAAACGUUGGCUUAUAAAAGGAGGGGUAGGUGGGCAUGCAGUUUCCCAGAAACGUAUAACAGCAAUGAUUCAUACAGACACACCCAAAAGGAUACAUCUCGAAUAUCUCCUGAAUCUUAAGCUUCAAAGACAGCACAACGUCAACUUACUUAUUCCGUAGUUAAAAUGUCAAGAAGAUUCGUCAUUGGUGAUUUCAUCCAAUAUCCUCAUGAAAUCCCUGAUCAAUCAGACGUUGAUAUUACAGGGAGAACUUUGAAGAAGAACCAAUGUGUAUUCAUGAGUGCAGUGAGGAACAUUCCCUGCACUUGCUUUAUUCAUGUUUGUGUAUUGUCUUGAAAAAGGUUAGGCUGCAAGUUAUUACCGACACCCCCUUUUUUGUCAGAUAUGCUGGAGCGAGUAAAGGUCACAAUUGCGUGGAACGUUGCUUCUUGCAAGAAGACACGACUUGCUUGGUGAAGAGAUCUGUCUUGCGCGACUGCCUGUAUUCUAGAGAAUGGUGCUGACUGACUUUGGAGAAUUGCAAGAAAAGUAUCGGUGCGUGCAGGGAGGGGAGGGAGGGGUUAAACACGUGCUGUUAACAGACCAAGCCAAGUGUGACCUGAGAGAUAGCAGGGUGGAGGGUUAGUGGUAAAACGUAACGGCUCCUCAGAAAGCGGAUUUUUCUCAGUCGAAGUCGGUUAAAUGAUAUUGACUUGUUUUGUUUUUUCUCUUUUUUGCCAGGCUGUAAAUCACCAAAUUGCUCAUGUGUUCACGCAGAUUGAAGCUGCUAAGUUGCUGGUGUAUAAUGCAGCGCGGAGAAAAGAAGCAGGUCUUUCAUUCCUACGGGAAGCUGCCAUGGCUAAAUACUUUGCCGGAGAGGUAAACUACGAGCUUUUCGUUGCUUUGUUGUACACGACAAAAAAAAAAUGUUAAUUGAACAGAACUAUGGUAAGGUGGAGAGAGAACUUAUGCGUUACACUGCCCUAUUUCGUGCCUGCGUUUGAAACUGAUUUGGAGUUUUGUCGAAUUACAAGGGGGCACUGUUUUGGGAGACGAAUUUGAUCAAGUUUCUUGGGGAACCUCGUUGUAGCCAAGGAUGCAAGGGGAGCAAGGGUGGCUGGAGCAGUGGUGAGAGCACUUGCCUCCAACCAAUGUGGCCCGGCUUCAAAUCUGGGCGUCAACCCUAGGAUUGAGUUUGUUCACCGUUGUCGUCCGUCCACAGGUAAACGAUAAGCCGGCGUUUUCAAAAAUCUUCACUCUGGAGACCGUUUUUGAAAAUCUGGGUUUUUGGCGUGGGUUACGUAUGAACGGAAGGCUAAAACGGAGGAAAAGAUCUCCGCUUUCAAAAAUAUCCAGAUACGUGUGGAUGGGGCCUUAGGGUAACCGGUCAUUUCGCCCCCAAGUCUUUUCGCCCCGGUUACUUCGCCCCCUAUUUUCGAGUCAAUUAGCAAGGUCAAAAUGUAAUAUUCCUCGUUCCAGAAUAGGGGGCUAAGCAACCGGGGCGAAAUGACUUGGGGGCGAGAUGACCGGUAACCGGCCUUAGUAGCACUUACAUUCGAACCAACAGUGUUUUAUACAAGCCAAGGAAAGGCUACAUGAUUGAAAAGCAAUUACUGAAGUAUUACAAAAUGUCGUAAAUAAACCGUGUCAAGGCGGGUACCGUGAUAAAACAUGCCCCUGGAGGUCACCGCGUGUAGUUUAAGUUUAAGUUUGUUUCGCCGUCUUUGAUUACCUUAGAAAGGAGUUACUUAGAUAUUUCCUUUUUUUGGGGAGGGGGGGAGGGGGCGUUAAUUUGCAAUUUCUUAAAUUGCAAUUACCACUGCGACGAUCAUAUGUUCCUUUAAAAUUGUAUUUCCGCAGCUCACAUCAUCUUCGUGUUAGAUAUUUCCAUUAAGAAUGAAGCUACUAGCUGAUUGUGUAUUUUGUUUUUGGCGAAUACAAAGAGUGAUAAUAGAGUUCGUUUUUUCUUCUUUUCACUGGGCACUGAAUAGGUGGCAGCCUUGACAACCUCCAAGUGCAUCGAAAUAAUGGGCGGAGUUGGUUUCUCCAAACAAUAUCCAGUGGAGAAGUUUUACCGCGACUGCAAAAUAGGUUAGUGCCGCCAAACGCGGGUCACUGCACUGCAUGAGUUGUCAGGUAUUUAAGGUACUUGACAAGUUCAGGUACUAUUCAGUGGGGUGUGCAAGUGAUUCUUAGUAGCUUCUGGAGAACAAGGGUGGCGUAGUGGUGAGAGCACUCGCCACCCACCAAUGCAGCCCCGGUUCGAAUUCUGGCGUGGACACCACAUGUGGGUUGAAUUUGUUGUUGGUUCUCUCCCUCUGCCCGAGAGAUUUUUCUCCGGGUACUCCAGUUUUCCCCUGUCCUUAAAAAUUCCAAUUCUGUUGUAAACGAAGUAGGAUUGGGCGAUGACUCGAGAACACGUGAUGUAAAUAGGCGCUAAUAGAGAAAUCAUACCUGGAAAUCAUGGAAUAAAAUCUGAUCGUGCAUUCAUUCUCUAGUUCGGAUCGGUUUUGUAUCGUCUGCAUAUCUCAGAAAGGACCUUAAGGACCUCCCCCAAUUUUUUUCUGCCCUUCGGGCCUCAGUUUGGUGUAAAAAAUAAGCGGUGGUGGGGGGCUGGGCGGGGCGGGGCGGGGCAAUCCCUCCCCUAGAUCCGCCACUGCUAAGAACUCUUCGUGGGAGGCUUGAGUCUAGAUGAAUAUCAGCAUUAUCGUCUUUGUAUGAAGUUCCAUUCCAUGGGUUUUCAACUUUUGACUGCAAUCAGUCAGCAAAAAUCCGUCAACACGGCUUAAAAGAACGCCUUACAAUCAUUGAAGAUGUCAAGUUUGAACGUGACUUGUUGACAACUUACGAAGAAAUAGCUCCGCAAAGUCUCCGUAUUUUACAAAUGUUUGUUUGUUGAGGGGCUAGUUCAGGCCCCCACCAUUGAACAAUUACGACGUAUAGAUAUUUCGAGCAACAUAAUUUUGCUGUCUGUCUCCUUUGAAUUGUAUCUGUUUCUCUCUCUUAGGAGCCAUUUACGAAGGAACGUCCAAUAUUCAGCUAUCGACAAUUGCCAAAAACAUGAAAGAGUUUGAACCUUGAAGGAAACUGUGUGGACAAAAAGACUGGAAUGUGUUAUUCCUAAAUCUGCUUACUGAGGAAGAACAAUAUGGAAUCUGCAACGUCGUCUAGAACUUGAAAGACUACUAUUUCAUCGUGCAAACUAACAUAAGAACGGAUGGCUUAGGUCUCUAUGCCUUUCAACGGACAAAAUAAUUUGACACGUUAUAAAUGAAAUUUUUAUUUAACAAAUGUAGGGACUGUGCUGGAAGAUUCAUACUUGCAUUUUGCUUUAGCCUGAGACCAGACUUCUUGGCGGAAAAAAACAGGGAAUUAUGCCGUAUCAAGCGCCAAAAAUCGGCCAGGCCCUUCCCCUCUUUCUCCGCGCUUGCCCUGUUAUUGGCCCUUCCUUUACUGCACUGAGUAGCCUGGUCCAAGGCUAAUGCUGCUUCUGCUGCCACAAGCUUACAAGGUAGUAGUUCCCAAUGCUCUCUUUCUGUCUGGAAACGAGAAGAAAUGAAACUCUGGGAACGAAGGGAAAAGAACAGUUUCCUCGAUUGAGUAGAUCGAGGGUUUGUUUGCAUGGAGACAAUGAAUGUAACUGCUUGGUAUUGCUGUAUUUUACGCACGAAUGGAGUUGACCUCAAAAUUGUAAAUUUAUUUAUAGCGAUUUCUAUUGUUUCAAGGGUGUACAAUUUAUUAAGAGGAGGAUUCAAAGCAAGGAGAUGUUACACGGAAGGAUUCGUAAGGACGAUUAUUGAAGGUUUAACGCAACACAGCGUUGUUAAUAUUUCUCAACAUUUUCCCAACAAUUGUUGGAAAUCGUCUCGUGUAACAUCACUUUCAAGAUAACAUCCUGUAAGUUCAAUAUCAACACUGAAUGUAUGGGAAAGUUUGUGUUUCUUGGUAACACUUGAAUUUUAUAUACAACAGAACUAAAUGUUUGUCCUGAGGAGCUAACAGAAGUGUACUGAAACAAAAAGGUCAAAAACGUGACUUUGUUCACGGUGGU